AUGCACUCGUUGAAGGAACUGCGCGCAGAGAACGCAGCAAAACGGCUCAGCAGCGAUCGCACGGCCGAAGAUGCGGAUGGUACCUCGUUCCCGGCCGCGGUACCAACAGCAACACCUACUACUGCUGCGCCACGUGCAGGGAGGACGCUUGCGCCGAUCGGCUCCACCGGCUCUCUUCCUGCAUCAGACGCAGCAGCACCAGCAGAACCGACCACGGGCGAUGAUCACGCCCAACAACGUGAAGACCGAGAGGCGAGAAGACGGAGACGCCUGAGAAGACGGCGAGAAAGAGAACAGCAGGAGAACGCCGGCGGUGACGACAAUAGCAAGGUUAGCGUCGAUGAAAGCACAAAGGCUGUGUCAGGUACAUCGCAGACGAGCACUUCACGGGUGGAUGAGGACGAAGAAGGAAGAAGUACGCCCACUGCUCGUGACAAGGGCGCACCCCUAGAAGGAACGGCGGCAAGAGGUUCGGAAAGGGAAAAGAGCGAACAGGUAGGAGCUAGACCACCAACAAGCCGCCAUCCGCCUGCAGCAGCGGCCCCUUUUGUUGCGGAGGAGAAAGUCGCAGGCGACGACAAGGAGGUUGAUCCUGAAAAAAAUGGCAAUGAUUUAGGAAAACCUCUCAGUGCGCGUGGAGCUCCUCCAAAAGAAAAGCCCAAGAAAAAGCUCACGCCACUCGAGGCAAGAAGAGCACGUAUCGAGCAGCAAAAGCGGGAAGAGGUUGAGCGGACAUCAGGGGGCUCUUUCGAAUCACCUCGAUCGGGGGGGGUGAAUCUGCCACGGGAAACACUAGAAGCGAAGGGCGAUGGGUCUCGGGGUCAGGCCGAACAUGCCAAUAGCCACAUUGAUUCUGACCGGGGAGAUUCAACCAGAGAUACCGGCAGCAGGAACAACAACCGGACCGGUCAAGCAACUGCAAGAGGUAGCCCUCAAGCUGGUGGGAGAGGCUCGGGCGUAGAGCAUAACUUAGGAAAGGAGGGUACCCCAGCUGUGCAAAGUGACAACGAUGUGGGGGGCAGUGGUACGGAACACGAUCCACUCAUUCCCGUGGGCAGGACCUCGGAGCGAACGCCUAGAAAUGGCGACGGCGCAAUCACAAGAAAACAGCCGGAGACAACCCAAGAGGAGAAGAAGGCCGAACGCGAAGCGGUGCAAGCCGCGGGAGACGCAGAUGGAGUCGGAACCGCAGCCCCCGGUGACAACGCCAACGAUCUCGCCGAGGGUGCCGCUGGUGGCGAUGGUGGCCGUUUCCGAGGGAUGCGAAGCCGCAUGAAGCAAGCGGGGAAGGGCCUCAUGAAAAAGAAGAGCCCGGCGUCGUCGGUUCGUCGAGGGAAAGAAGGCGAGAACCAAGCCAGCAGCGAAACCACAAGAAAGAAAGUCGAACAGCCUGGGACAAUGGGGCGCACGAGCUCUGGAACGACGGGGGGCACGAGCUCUGGAGAUACCUUGUCCGACACCGAAGGCGAGGGUGAAGAGGAAAAGGCGGGGAAGGCUGGAAGAGAAGCCAACAGUCUGAUUGGAGCCAGCGGCGUCCAGAAUACACCAGAAAAUCGAGGCGAUGACUCGGACACGGCAAGUGAGACGGAGGACCGAGAUGAGUUUGAUGCGGAAAGAGACGAAGGUGACCAGGAGCGGAAGAAGAAAUGGGCACGGAGCAAAGACAAGAGCUUGACCGACGCCCCGCUAACGGGAGACAAAGAAGUGGCGGAAAGGUUGAGCUUGGUAACAAGCACGGAGUUCUCGGCGGUGCACUUUAUCGGGGAGAUCUCGGGGGCGGAAGGCUUUGGGUCGGGGAUCUCCUGCCGCUUUCGCGUCGAGGGCGGCCGGCACUGGACUUGCCUGGCGGGUCUCGAGGAGGGACAGACGCACGUGAUACACAUGGACUACGGAGACACGUUCGCGCCGUGGAAUCACCCGGUUGAUCUCCACUACACUACCAAGAGCAUACAGGGGUGGCCUCGUGUGAUGCUGCAGGUGUGGCAGUUGGAUACGCACGGCCGGAACGUGCUCAGGGGAUACGGCUUUCGCCAUCUGCCGUCCACCCCUGGCUUUUCCGAGGUUUCGAUACCGUGCUGGAGACCCAGCGGCAGCAUGCAGGAGGAAACGGCGGCCUUCUUUCUCGGGGUUACGCCUCGUCUCACGGCCGAGGAUGCCGUUUUCAACAGGGCGUGGGAUCAGCGAUGCCGGCUCAUCACGCUCCCUGCGGGCACGGUUUGGCUGCAGAUGCACGGGCUGUUUCGUAACCUGGAGGACCAAGGGGUGGACAAUAUUUGA